UUCAUCCUUGAAUCUCAAAAUCUGUUGAAAAGGGAAUUGUUUAAUUUACCAAGGAUUUUGCAUUUCCUCUUUUACGCCUUUUGUUUUUUAUUAAAUGUAAAAUUUCAUAAAAACUGUCAACCGUUGAUUUAACUUUCUAAUGCACCAGAUCUGUUCUCUAUUUAUUUUUAUUAACCAUUCGAUUUCCGAAGAUGUCUGACAAUAGAUUUCUCCUUGGAGCAUCAAGCGGCAGAAGAGUUAGAGGUAAACAUGAUCUGGAUUCGCAGCUGCUGCUUGAAGGUAAUAUGGAUUCACAGCUGCCGGUUAAUGAUGAUUUGAUUUCGAUGUCAGAAAAAUCGUUGCUUGAUGAUGACUCAUAUCUUGGAUCUGAAAUUGAAGAUGUUAUGGCAUCGUUGGAUGAAAUUGCAUCAGGCAGGUAUCCUCCGUUGCCAAAAGAGGGAGAAGAAUUAGCUGAUUAUCAAAAGUGUGAAACUUUUGAAGAAAAAAAAGAUUGGAUAAUUGCAGUCGCCAUUAUAAGAAAUAAACAUUUUAGGUUUGAAAGAAUGAGAAGUGAAUUGAAGACCAGGCGCGAGUUUGAAUAUUUUACGGAGGAAGAAGCAUGAAUGGUUGUAGCUGUUCCGGGUGUUGAAGACAACCAUGGCAGUGAUGAUGCGUCUAUCUUUGAGGACAUGAGUGAUUUUAGACGAAUGGUUGUAGAUGUUCCGGGUGAUGAAGAGACCGAUGGCAGUGAUGAUGUGUCUAUCUAUGAGGACAUGAGUGAAGCUGACUUAUGUGGGUGAUUGUUAAUGGCAGCCAAUCUUAAUAUAGCCUUGAUCUUAAUAUAUUAUGCAUUUAUUAUGUUUUUUAUUUUUAACUUUAGUUAACUAUCCGUAGGAUUGAUAUGAUGUCCUCUUUUGUGUGUUUCAGUGUCAUGGUAUGCUAACGUAGUAGUGACUUCAAUACAGCAUUCUUACUUUGGUCUAUCUAUGUUGUGAGAUCAAUUGUGAUUAUUGGAGAUUUUUUCUGAUA